UCAUCUACCAACACCAUGAAAGGGAAAUUUGUUGUGCUGGGACUUGUGCUUUUCUGUGUCGCAGCAGAUGCUGCAGUGAAGUCUGGACUCAUGAAAAAGCCUACUUGUCGGAACGCGGACGAGAAUAGGGCAUGCCCAAUGAACUUUGCCCCUGUGUGCGGCAGUGAUGGAAACACCUAUGCCAACGAAUGUGCGCUCUGUGUGCAGAGACAAGUAACCAAAACGGACAUCAUGAUCGCCAAGGAUGGAAGCUGCUAACCGGUGGUUAUUAAGGCCAUGUGAGGAGGCACAACAGGAAAAUUACAUCCACUGGCUGCAAUAAAGUCAAAGUUUCAACCA